AUGGAAUCAAACGAAGAACGACAACAAGCAGAGAUUACAGCUCUCAAAGCCAUAUAUAGCACUGAUUUCACCCAACCACCACCACCGACGGCAUGGAAGGCGGCGACGCGACUGCCCGAGUUCAUUAUCAAAGUCUCCCACCCAAGCUGCCCAUCGAAAGUGAACUUCCAACUUAAUGUAAAGCUACCACGAACAUAUCCUGCAGUCGCAUCACCGACGCUAGCGAUCCAAAAGCCCGUCCAUGGCUUGACACACGAGCAGGUCACCAAGCUCACUCAAGCGCUUCACGAAGAAAUGCAGAAGCACCGAGGGCUGGAAAUGAUCAUGGAACUCGUCACAUUUGCUCAAGACUGGCUCGAAACGUACGCAACGCCUCCUGCAGAAGUCGUUGGCUCGCUCGCGACGCAGAUGAACAAACGCGCGAUGGACGAAGAACGAGAACGCCAGAAACGGGUAGAACGAGAGGCUGAAGCUGAACGCGCACGCGCAGCCCAGCUCGCGGAGGCCCUCAACGAGCAGAUCCGAGUAGACGCGCAGAAGCACCAGCAAGCGAAGGAGCAGCAGAUGCAGUCAAGGAAGAGGGCGAACUCUGAGACGACGGAAGUGCCCAUUCCAGGAGAGACGCCUACGGAGACGUUCAAUUCGGAGAUAUCAUUCAAAGGCGUGGUAUUCAACUCGGUUAAGAUUUUUCAUCCGAAGAAUGAGGGUCUUGGGACGGCAUAUCUCGCUGACCCUGUGUGCGACGAUAUCAAUGUUACCCUUCCCCUCGAAGUUCUUGUGUACACCUUCGAGUCCAGUUAUUAUUCUUCCAAUCAAGGCAAGCGCAAGCUCAAGCAAGUAGAGAGCGACAUCCGUAGACUAUCAGCCAUCCGCCACCCUAACUUAUUGAGCGUACUCGCCGUCAAGCUCCAUCUUUCGCACUCCCAGGGGCCGUCGCAGUUGGUGAUACUAACGGAGCAGAGACCGGCGUUAUCGUUGCAAGAUAUCUUAGAAGAUUGUCAAUCCCUUCGUGAGGAGCGUGCGUCGGCCUAUCUCGCACAGAUCCUCUCCGCCCUCAAUGCCGUCCAUACUGGGGAUCUUGUCCACCGAGGUAUAUCCACACGGUGCAUCGGAAUUGCUUCCCAAGAGGAACCCAGCCAACAGAAGCUCGUAAAGCUAGGCAAUGUAGUUUUCUACACUCGCCUCCUUGACCUUCACCGGUCGAAUCCCUUCGGAUCGAGUGUCUCCCCCUCGUUUGACGAACCACGGAUGCCGGAUGCAUGGGAGUGUAAGGACGUCAAGAAUGAUUCAGCACUAUCGUAUACCCGACACCGGGAUAUCCACGCUGUCGGGAUCGUUCUCCUUCAGAUGCUGAUAGGACAUGAUGUCAUGGAACGGUUCGAAGACCCGCAAGCCGCGUUGCAAUAUGCGAUCAUAUCUCCAUCCCUGCAACAACACGCGAUGAACAUGCUGCUUCCGAAGAAGAGUGUCUCGUGCAUCACUUUGCUCGCCGACCUCGCGUCUACGUCGUUCCACAGCCACCAAGCGCAAACGCGCACGCCGUCCAUACCGUUCAAUGAUCCUCGGACACCAAUGCCUACGCACCACGUCUCAAGUUCACCCGAAAUGGACUAUUUCAAGGCGCCGAUGAGGAGCAGGCAUACCAGUCGGUGGAAGGAGGACUGGGAGGAGCUCGAACUUCUGGGCAAAGGAGCAUUCGGUUCGGUCGUGAAGGCACGCAAUAAGAUCGACUCUCGGAUAUACGCUGUCAAAAAGGUCAGGCUACGGACGAUGCAGAGUGAUAGCAAGAUUUUCAGAGAAGUGAACGCCCUCAGCCGCCUCUCCCAUCGUUUUAUUGUCCGAUAUUACACCACAUGGGUUGAAGCCUCUGAACCCGUCUCAACGGCUGCCUCGGACUCCGAGAGCAGCGACUCAGGGACUGAAUAUGGCAUCUCCGUCGCUCCCUCCCAAGACCCAUUCGCCACCAGCAACCAUAGCGACGGGAUUAGUAUUGACCUGAACGACCUUGACGUGAUGCACCGUUCCUUGUCGAGGAGUACCUCGUUUCCGAGUAUCCACUUCACGCAUUCGUCGGAGAAGGGCGAGGACGAGAGCGAUAAUAGUAGUAGUAGCGACGGAGUGCUUGGGCUGGAACCUCUGUACAGAAGGCCGACGCCGAAUGUGCAUUUGAACGGGCAUACCAUUGAGGCACCGCCCAUGGUGUCUGCCCCGAUGAUAACGAGAACACUGUAUAUCCAGAUGGAGUUUGUUGAGCGCCAGACGCUGAAGGAGAGAGUCGAUGAAGGGAUUUCUGAAGACGAAGCAUGGCGGUUGUUCCAGCAGAUUGUUGAUGCGCUCGUUCAUAUGUCGUCUCUCGGAAUUCUCCACCGCGAUAUCAAGCUCACGAAUAUCUUCAUUGACGGCAAGGGAGAUUGCAAAGUCGGCGACUUUGGUUUGGCCACUUCAAGUCUAGCAGCUGUCGACCCUUCGGACGUUUCUCGCCCUGGAAUCACGAUGGACAGCGAGAUGACGCUGGAGGUUGGAACCCGGCUAUACAUUGCGCCGGAGGUCCAGUCUCGUAAACGCGGGCCGAGGAACCAUACCAAGGCCGAUAUGUACAGUCUCGGGAUUGUUUUCUUUGAGAUGAACUUCUUUUUCGCCACCGGCGCUGAGCGCAUUGCUGUCAUUGAGAACAUACGAAAGCCUGAGGUUAUCUUCCCGCCUUCUUGGGACCCGCAUAGGAUUCGGCAGAAACAGAUCAUUACUUGGUUACUUCAGCACGAUACGAAUGAACGCCCUUCAGCUAUAGAAUUGUCACAGAGUCCGCUCUUGCCCCCUCGUCUUGAAGAUGAGUAUUUCAGAGGGGCUUUGCGUAUGAUGACGAAGCAAGAUUCUCCCCAUCAUCAAGCCGUCCUUUCCGCUCUAUUCAACCAGCCGGUUCAGCUUUCGAGGCGAUUCAUAUACGACAGAGAAGCUGACUUGCCUGAGCAUGCUAACCUCAACGGCAUCGUCGUAGACCGCCUGUCAUCUAUAUUCAGACUUCACGGGGCUGUAGAUAUUGAGCCUCCCCUGCUCAUACCCGUCGUCGACCCCGAGGAUGAGAAGACCCAUGCUACGUUCCUCGAUAGACAUGGCGAUAUUGUGAUGCUUCCCAAUGAUCUCUUGACGCCGUUCGCUCGACUAGCGGUGAGGACAAGCGUGAAGCGAAUCAAGCGCUACCACAUUACAGACAUCUACAGGCCCAACCCUGUUGCUGGGCACCCCAAAACUACGAAGGCUGCAAUAUUCGAUAUCAUCUCUCCAGAUCUGACUAGCGGGCCUAUCGCUUCUGCUGCUGAAAUCAUCAUGAUCGCUAGCGACCUCCUCGAUGGAUUUCCUUCACUUGAACAGAACUAUGAUAUCCAUGUAUCUCAUUCGAAUAUUGUCACCCAUGUACUAGAACGAAUCCCUCCAGCGCACCGCACGUCCGUCUUGGAAAUCAUCAAUCAACCCAAGUCGACGCCUUCCCAGAGGCGCGCUGCUCUCCUGAAGAAAGGCCUUCUACGUAGCGUAGUCGACGAACUUGAGGCGUUGGCCGAUGGCGAAACGGAUAUCGACGCUCUCUUAGCAAAGAUAGAGAAGCUCUCCCCUCAAUUAUUCGCCUUAAUUCAACCAGCGGUCGAGCAAGUCAAGUCCACCGUGCAAUGUGCUAUAGCCACCGGCGUGUCCAGGCCCAUCUUUUUCCAUCCGCUGAUGCUAGGUGCACAUCAUACUCAUUUCAAGAAUGGGGUGCUGGUGGAGGUCGUAAGGAAAAGCAAACGUACAGAUGUCCUAGCCGCUGGGGGAAGGUACGACGACCUCAUCACCCAAACAGGGCUCCCAAAAUCCAAGCUCGACUCGUCGUGUGCAUUCGCCUUCCAAGUCUCAGUGGAGAAAAUUACAAUGGCGCUCGCGACAUACCAAAGCACGUCUCUCAAGAUCCUCGUGAAAGAGCAGCGUUCGUUCGGGUUUUGGAGUCCCAGACGGUGUGACGUAUACGUUGUGUCUUAUCAUCCAGGUUACCUCCAGGAAAGGCUGGAAGUUGCGGCAUAUCUAUGGCGGAACGGCAUCAGCGCAGAUAUCAUGUAUGAAUCGGGGCUUACCGAUGUAGGUCACGAUGAUUACGUGGAGACGUGUCAACGGGAGGGUAUUCUCUUUACUGUAUAUCCCAGACCGAGGUUGCAGAGGAAGGAUCAAGCUGCCUUCAGGAUCAAGAGCAUCUUGAAAGGCACCGAAUAUGACGUGACGCGCCUCGAGCUCGUUCCCUGGCUUCUUCACCAAAUCUCAGAGCAGAAACGCGUGGAUCUAUCAACGUCUGGCGCUCGUAUGUUUACCGAUAUCACCCAAAACAAUGUGUCUUCCAAAGAUAUCGCGACUUCUUCCGACGUUCAAAUGGUUCUGCCUGGCGAUGCAAAGAAGAUGAAAUCGCUUAAAAAUAUGUACAUUGAUCGGGCCUUCGAAACCGGUGUACAGAUCAAGAAUUCCUUCCAAAAUGGAAUGCCUAUGCUCGGUGUGGAUGUCACGCCAACUGCGUUCGAUUCCAUGACCAAAAGCUCUACGUGGAUAUCCGAUGAUGAAGCAUGGAAGCCAAUAGCUGCCGACUUCCCUGCGAGCUCGUACUCGUACGCCCAACAGCUCCGGGAGCAAGUUAGGCAACGCAAGCUUGAAUCCCAUCCCUUUCUUUUGUUGUACUCAGUGCGCGACGAACGCGUACAGCUCGUAAAACUAUCAUGA